AUGCCUUACGUACAUGAUGCUGCAGGCAACGCGUCAAUUCACAGCGCUACAAACGCCGCAAGCGCGUCGAACAGUCCCAGACGAACAAACCCUCGAUCGUCCGCUCCGACAAGCGAAUUUUCACGCGUUGAUACAUUGAAUUCGCCGACGCGGGGUGAGAUGAAUAUGAAUGAGAUGGCAGUCCUUCAAAACAACGAGGUCAUCAUGGGAAAUACCGAUGAGUCGAAUUUUGAGGUGAAGGAGGAGAUUCUUGAUGAAGUCAAACCCGAAGUUACUGAGCUUCAAGCUGAAAUUGCAAGACUCGCUGCACCUUAUCUUGACAAUUUGUCUACGUUUCAAGCUAAUGCUGAGAACAUGAGAGCGAUCUCAUUCAUGGCUUUGAAAAUGAAAAGAUCGGGUUCUGCGGCUAGGGUGGAUGACAGUGAGUGGUCGAGGUUGGUGCUAAGUCUUUAUACAUGGGCGAAUGUGGAAAUGACGCCGGAGGUCAAAGAAGCUACACAUGUUUUCGGUAUCUUGAAAGCUAUCAAGAAGCCAGAACAUAAUUUUCCGGAACAUUAUCAGAGAAUCGCUACUUCGUUAUUUGAUGAUUUUGAAGCUAUCAACUGGGGAGCACCUGCACCACCACCUCCAUCACCCCGAACAACUACUGCAAGAUCAUCUUCCAAUAACCAAACAGCAACUCUAGGCAGCGUUCGCACCUUUAAGCCCUCACCAAACGACCCCAUCUGGGGCGAUGCAGGCAUUAUGCACCACAUCUUGAAAAUCCGUAAAGUAACCACCACAGGCACAGGCCGCACAUCCUACCGCAUCGACCCAGCCUUCACCUCUAAAUCCCCCAAAGUAUACGGUCACAACGGCAUCGCCAUCGGCACCUGCUGGCCUCUCCAAAUAACCUGUCUCCGUGACGGCGUCCACGGACACAUGCAAGCCGGCAUUCACGGUGGUUCCAACGGCGCCUACAGCAUUCUCAUCUCAACCGGUUACGACGAUGACAAAGACACCGGCGACGAGAUCUGGUACUCCGACGCCUCUGCGAAUCGCGCCGCCAAUGAGACGGUUAACGCGAGUAGUGCCGGCCGCGAAAAUCUCCUGGCGAGUAUUAAUACGAGGAAUCCUGUCAGGGUUAUACGCAAGGAUACGGGGAAGUGGAGCGGUGCGCCCAGAAAGGGGUUUAGAUAUGAUGGGUUGUAUAGAGUGACGGGAUAUGUGGAACAGACGAGGAAGUCGGGGGCUGGGAAGUUUUUUAUUUUUCGGUUGGUAAGGUGUGGUGAACAGGAUCCGAUUCGGAGGGAUUUGCCGACUAUGACGAUGGCGAGGGAGUUUGAGAGGGUGGGUGAGGGGUUUUAG